UAAGCCUGACGCCCUCUUUCUCCUCCCAUCCCUUGGCCACCUUCCAGCCUCCUCCGUUCAGCCUCCUCCCCUCCCAGGCAGUCCUCACUUCUUCCCUAGGCUGCAGUCAGCUGGAGCCCCCAGCCUCCCAGAGCCAGGAGCCCAGGUGGGGUCAGGAACCUCAGCCCCAGGAUGUUGACAACAUUUCUGCCAUUGCUGCUUCUACUGCUCCUACCCAGCAGGGCCCUUUGUAGCCAGGAAGCCUCAGAUGGCCCUCGGAACCUCUACAUGCUACAGAUCUCCUACUUCCCAGACUACAGCCAAGUGUUGCACCAAGGCAACGCGUCGCUAGGGGGUCUUCCGACACACGUGCUGAAAGGCCAGGACUCCAACAUCACGAUCCUCCAGCUGCACCCCUUGCAGGAGCCCGAGAGCUGGGCCCUCACGGAAAGAAGAGUGCAGCAGUACCUGCAGGACUUCCACGACCUGGUGCUGCUGGUGCACCAUGAGCGGGGCGUGGCCUUUCCUCUGACCAUUCGCUGCUUCCUGGGCUGUGAGCUGCUUCCCGAGAGCUCUAGAGCCCAUGUCUUCUUCGAAGUGGCUGUGAAUGGGACCUCCUUUGUGAGUUUUCAGCCAGAGACGGCCUCCUGGGUGGCAGGGCCCCAGGCCAACUCCAGAGUGGUCACCUACACCCUGAAGCAGCUCAACGCCUACAAUCGUACUCGGUACCAACUGCAGGAAUUCCUGCAGGACACCUGUGUGCAGUACGUGCAGGAACACAUCACCAUGAAAAAGUCGAAAGGUUAAUCACUUGACGUGGACUCUUACUGGCAACAUUAACGAUGGAUUUUGUAUGCUUAGAGCCCAUGAUGAACAAAACAACACAAGAUUAAAUCAAACAUAAGAGAAAAUGACGUGAUCAAGAGAUGGUGGUAAACACAAGAUGUAUGAGGCUGCUGCCAGCCUAACAUUGCAUACUGUUUUGCAGCAAACUUUUUUUACAAGCAGAAAGAGUACACUCUGAAAUAACACUAAAAUAUAUACUAUAGUAAACGUAUACACUAGUAACAUAGUUGCUUAUUUUCAUUAUCAAGCAUUAUAUACUGUACAUAAUUGUAUGUGCUGUGCUUUUAUAUGACUGGCAGCACAGUAGGUUUGUUUACACCAGCAUCACCGCAAACACAUGUGUAAUGCAUUGUACUACCAUGUUAUGAUGGUUAUGAAGUCACCAGUUGAAAGGAACUUUUUAGCUCCAUUAUAAUCUUAUGGGACCACCAUUGUAUAUAUUGUCUGUUAUUGACUGAAACGUUGUGCAGUGCAUGACUAUACUUUGAUUUUUAUUCUGAGCGAUAAGAAGCCAUUGGAGAAGAGGAAUGACAUGAUCUGACUUCUGUUUGAAGAGCAUCAUAUGGCUACUAUGGAGGAGAUAGAGCUUAGGGGGCAAAGACAAACUCGGGGAGCCCCAAGGAUAUAUACACUCCCGUUAGGAGGUUAUUAUAAUAAUAUGGAUGGAAAAUGAAGGACUAUGAACCAGAGUGCUAGCAGUAGAGAUGGUGAAAGUACUUGGAUGUUGGACAUAUUAUGAAGAUAGAGCUGAUAGAAUUUGCUGACAGAUUAGAUGUGGGUAUAAAAGAAAUAGAAGAAAAAAAUUGACUCCAAGAAAUGCAAAUUAAAGCCACAAUAUGAUGGCACUACUUACCCACCAGAACAGUUAAAAUGAAAAAGACAACUCUAGGAAAGAAGGGUGGGAGGAAGGAAGAGGGGAAAAGACAGUAUUGGUGAGGAUAUAGAACAACUAGAACUUUCAAACACUGCUGUUGGUAAUGUAAACUGGUACAACCACUUUGGAAAGCUGGUAGUAUCUACUUGAGCUGAAUAUAUGCCUCCUAGGUAUAUACCUAAUGGAAAUACUUACAUAUGUUCAGUUAAAAACAUAUAUGUGAUUGGUCAUAGCGGCAUUAUCUGUAAUAGCUCCAAAAUGGAAACUAACCAAACACCCAUCAGGAAUAGAAUGACUGAACAAAUUGUGCUAUAUUUACAUAAUAGAAUAUACAGCAAUGAGAAGAGACAAACUUAAAUUACAUGCCUUAGUAUGAAUUAAUCUCAUAAAUAUAUUGUUGAGCAAAAGAAGCCAAACACACACAAAAAAUAUAUGAUUCCAUUUAUCAUUUAUAUAAAUUUCAAAGAUAUACAGAACUAACCUAUUGUGUUGUAGACAUGGGGAUAUUGAUUACUCUUGGGGAGCUAGUAAUUAGGAGACAUGCAGGCUGCUGGGGUAAUGGUCUGUUUCUUGAUCUGGGUGCUGACUGUAUAAAUGUCCUCACUUUGUAAAUAUUCAUUGAGUUAUACACUUAAAAUUUGUGCACUUUUCUGUAUCAGCAUUAUGCUUCAAUAAAGUUUACAUUAAAAAGAAUAACUCUGAGGUUCUUGGUCUGGGCAACUGGAGGCUAAAGUCAUUUACUGAAAGGAAGAAACUAUAGGACGAACAGGUUUGGUGAGAAGCACAUAAGUUUUGUACUUAAACGCAUAAGUUUUGUACACAUAUGUUUGGCACUUAAUAGGACACUUAUUAGUAUUGUAUUGACACUUACUAGUAUUUUCAUCCAAGUGGAAAUGCUGAUAGGCAGUUGGUAUACAAGUCUGAAGUUUGGGGAAAAGAUUAGGUUGGCGACCUAACUUGGGGGACUCAGCAUAUAGAUGAUAUGUAAAUCCAUGAAACUGAAUGCGAUCACCUAAGGUUUAGUGUAGAUAAAGAAAACAUUUGAGGACUAAACCCUGGGUGCUCCAGCAUCUAAAGAUUGGGAAUUGAAGAGAAACCAGAAAGAAAAUUGAGAAGUGGACAGUGAGAUAUGAAGAAAACCAAGGCAGAGAGGUAUCUCAGAGGCCAAGUGGAAAACAGGUUCCAAGGGGAAAUGAUCAACUGUAACAGAUGUUCCUGGUAGGUAGAGUUAGGUAAGGAUGGAGAGCGAUUCUUGAUGGAGGUCGUUGGUGACUUCCAUAAGAGCACUUUGAGUGGUGUGGUAGGGACAAAAGCCUAAUUGGAGUGGGACUAAGAAAGAAAGUGGGGAAACUAAUUAGAGACAAUGAGUAUAAAUAACUCUUUUGAUGAGUUUGACUUGUUUUAUAGGGGAGCAGAAAAGUAGGGUAUAAAUAGAGUAUUAAUUCCUAUUGAGAGAAGUGUGGGAUAGAGUAUUUAAAAGGGUUAUGGGGUUAAGAGAAUUGAUUUUCUUUUAAGAAGGUGGAUAAUAUAACUUGUUUGUAUACUUAUAGGAAUAAUAAAUAGGGAGGAAAUUCUUGAUGAUGCAGGGGAUGCUAGAGUGAUCUUAUUCAGGAGGCUAGAGAGGGUGGAAUCUAACUUAGGGAAACUGACUUAGCUGAGAGCAUGGACAAUUCACCCAUAGUAACUAGGGGAGACAGAGCACAUUGGUAGAGAUGCAAACAGGUCAGUAGAUGUGGAAACUAUCUUCUGAUUAUUUCUGUUUUCCCAGAGAAUUUGGAAGCACAAUGUUCAGCUGAGGAGAGUAAGAGGGACAUGGAAUUGGUGUUUGCGAAGCAGAGGUAUGAAAUAGUCACCUUGGAGAUAGCGAAAGUGUGAGUCUCAGAAUUGGACAAUAGUUUUGCGGGCAACAUUUGAUAAGUGCAUCAUACUUAUCCACUAAAACUAUUACUUUCUGGGUCUCGAACACAGUAUUUUCUCCGCAUCAGUACAAUUGGACUUGUCAUUAAUCAAAACACCCAUUUUUUACUUAUGGUGCAGGCAAGAUGGAGGAAACCCAUUACAGCCUUUCUCUCUCACUGAUUGUAAUUAAAAUCUCUGACCAAAAUACAAAACAAAAAACUACCUGAAGACUGUGAAAAAUUAAUAAUAACAGGCAGAUUAGGGAGGGAAGUCAAAAUUUGAAGACUGCCCACUAUGGCAGUGGUGAAUUUCCUGGUGGUGUUUCGUUUUUUUCUUCUUUCAUCCCCUGCUUUCACCCAAGGGUUGGUCAAACCUGGGAACUGUACAACAGGUGCAGACAGUAAAAACUCCAAGGAAACCUCAUCUCUCUAUCCAGAGGACUGGGAAAAGGGGCCUUUGUGAGCUGGAGUGUGUGGGAAGAAUCCCUACUUUUU